AUGACGACGGAAUCCGGGAGGUCAUCCGGAAAUGAUGAACUCAAACCCUUUUGGGCUGCAUUGGCAGACAGGUUGGAUGUUCCUAAGAUAGCACCCAUACUCGUUUCAAAGGAUGUUCUCGCUCCAAACUGGAGAGAUACGGAAGAAAAAUUAUCCACGAAGCAAGAAGAAAGGGAAGCCAUUCUCAAAAUUGUUCGGGGGCAAGGUCCUUCGGGAAUCCAGAAAUUUAAGGACGCCCUGGAGGAGAUCGGUCAAUCGCACCUAAUGACACCUGUCGAACCUUCUCUGCGAGAGAAUCCUGCACCUUCCGCCUCUGAAGCAGCCGAAUCGAAGCCUCUGCUACUUGACAAAGGACCAUCGAUAGAGACCGACCAAACCGGGACACAUCCUCAUAAUGUCAAUAAACCAACCGUAGCUUAUUCUGCCAACUCAAAGCGAAAUAUGUAUUUGACCAGCUUCGGGUUUGUCUGCCUCAUUUUCUUGGGGUUAUUUAUCGUGAUUCUUCUCGUUGGUUCACCUAUGGUUUGGUCCUACAUGUGGAACCCAACAAAGGUAAAUUGUGAUAUAAAGGAAAGCCAACAACAGAAAGUGAUUCUCAAACCAGGAAAGAAAAAUGCCAUAGAUCCCUUUCCCAUGGACUGGGAUGGUGUGAUUUCACAAUUGCAUACGCAAGAGAAUGGACCAACUACAGAAACAAGCGAAUCAGCAGAAGAGAAGGGAAACUUUGAUACUGCACCUGAAGGAAAUUCAGAUUGGGUGUUGAAUGUCGCUAAUGCCCUUGACUCAGUGGAGGAAAUAGCGCAAUUGCUGCCGAGUAUGACAGAACGCGAAGCGGCUGCAUGGAACAACAGGAGGGAAGCAGAAAAAGAGGCAGCACGAGAGGCGGGGGCUGCUGGGUAUUGGAGGAAGGAGGUGGAGAAUGGUAAAGCCGACGUGGAUCUGCAGCGGGCAUUGUCAUAUGAGAGUGUGGCAGCGGCCUGGAGAGCGGUUGCGGUCAAAUGGGAAGCAGCCAGAGUGGCAUAUGAAUAUAUCCUUGAGAAGGCAGAAGUGGAGAAUGGGGGGGAGGACUUGCUUUACGGGCUUGAAUCUGGGAUAAGAAAGGCAAAGCUAUGCUGGAAUGAGGCGGAGGAGGCCAACAUUGAUGCGGAGAAGAAGGCGAAAGCUGUGUCUCUACAAACGUCAAAACAUAUAUUUUAG